UAUAUCCACUUCACCCAUAUUGCCACGCCAUGCAGUGCCAUGCAGUGCCAUGCAGUGGUAGGUUGAGUUUCCAAUGGCCAGCCGGCUGCAAACGCUGUGCAGUUCUUUUGGCUUUGAACAUCGUCGCCUUGAACAUCGUCGUCAUCGUGUUCCAAAGGCCCUUUUUAUGUCAACAACUCUCAGCUAAGAGCCCAGGAUGGACAGGAAGGACGAUAAAUCGAACGAACCCAGUGAGCCGAGUGAGUCAACUUGAAAACGUUUCUGAUACUGUCACCGUACGAUCGGUCAACCCUGUUGAUUCCGAGAAGCGAUACUUCCAGUCUUGUUUACCACAGUAUUUCUUGGAUCAUUUGACUAAAGAGUUCUACAAUCUUGCGGUUCGGCGGAGGGAUGGCCUGGAUGUUUUUCUGGAGACCUACAUCUCCCUGUGGCCCACUGAUGGCCUAGUGAUGUUUGACAUCGGUGCAGGCUGCUACGCCAGUGGCUCAGACUCUGAUUCAACACUGGCCAUCAAGUUCGCCAAGCACUUCGGCUGCGCCAAGAAUCGAUUUUUCGCCUUUGAACCACAACCAGAUGUGUUCAUGAAAACCAUGCAAUGCUUGAACAAGGAGUUGUUUCCGGAUCGCUUUUGCGUCGCUUUGGAAAAUGCAGCAUUCUCAAACGUGACCUCACGUCUCCAACUGGCAGGGAAGGCCAAUGUCGCCUCUCUGACGGGACACCUAGCUGAGUCCGGUCAUAAGAAACAUCCGGCGAAAGCGGAUCGGGACUAUGCAAAAAGUAUGGAAGUGAUGGCCUGGGAUGUGGCCACCUAUGCUCGCUUGCAUAACCUGGCAAAGAUUGAUCUGCUGAAGAUUGACACAGAGGGACAUGAUUUCACAGUGGUGCAGGGUGCAUUGAGCAUGCUACGAGCCAAAGAGAUCAUGGUGGUGGUCAUGGAAGUGAGCGACAAGAUGAAUCCAGAUUUCUGGGGAGCUAGCUACCAAGGAGGAAAGCCUGUCUUCCACAGCAAGCACAUCGCAGAGCCCAACGUGAAAUCUGUGUGGCAAUUUAUGCUGAAUUUAAAUUACUUUGGUUUUUGGCUUGGAACCAAACGACUGGUGCCGCUUUCAGGGGCCUGCUGGGAUGAUCGUAUGGAAAUCUGCGGCGAUCCGCACGGAUACCUGAACAGCGGCAUUUGCUGGUUCGACAUUAUCUUCAUUCUGAACCAGGGCUAUGGGGCCAAAAUGAUCAACGAAAUCCUCAACUCGAAAUGAACAAAUUGCACAUAGAUGUACAAUGAUGUACAUAGGCUAUAAGACGAUGUAUGUGUGCGGCGUUAACAAAACCGGGCACCCUUAACGAAGGAUAGUAUCCUCCCGCUGCGAUGACCAUGGCCCCGUGUCUCUUAGAGACUUAGACCCAUAUCUCUCUGAAGUGUCCUUACUUGUACCUCCCUAUUCCUCCUGACGGUCACCACCAUUUGACUUUUAACUUUUCACCAUGCACUUGCCCACGAGAUAAGAGCUAUGAUCUACGUUCACUCCCUGGGAUUUCACCAGCGAAACCGUG